UUGAAGUGAAAAGAAAUCGGCGGAAAAGUAACUUUUACCGAAGAACUUGGUAUGAAUAAGUCUAAGUGCUAUCUGCGAUCAUGGCUCUAUGCUAUCGGACGAACGUGCUUUUCCCCAGUAUUGUAAACUGAUGUUUGGUAAAUAUUUGUCCACAUUUUCAAAAAUGAAUUUAAAAUCGAACGCAUCCUCUUCUGGCUAUUUUCAUUUGCGUACUUGUAAUCCUGGAUUUGCAUGUUAAUGUAAUCGAAAUCGAUAACACGCCAGGAUUAACUUCUUUCUUCAUCUCCUGCCAGAAAGGAAAGAGAAUGGUGUUAAUGCCACUUUUGAUGUUUACAACUUGAAUGUUCUUUUUGAAGACUGUAAGAUGCCUAGAAAAAGAGCGUUCUUCCAACUUUUGUUGAUCUUGCAUCAUUUACCACUUUCAUCUCCUGCAGGUUGUGCCAUUGCCUACUACAAAUUUCCUUCCUCGACAACGUCAGGAGUUUUUGCAACUUACACUAUGAAAACGAACGAAGAGUGUGGGGAGUUAUGUACGAGCCAGGCCAACUGUAAAGGCUAUGGCCACAACAGUGUGACAUUAGCUUGUUACGUGUCUGCUAAUGACGACCCCACCCCUGAUACCUAUUCCUGGAGCUUCUACGCAAAAAUGUGUCUCAAAGAUUUAUUAGCCUUAUUACCGACAACUGAAGAAAUAACUACAGCGGAAAUGGUUACCACCAACCCAACAACAAUACGACUCACAACAAUAGUUACAACAGAGGAUACAACAACUGUUCCUCUCUCAACAGUUUAUGCUUCAACAAUAGUCCACCUGAUCACAACAGAACACACGACAGAACAAACAAGUAUACAGACAACGGAACAAACCACUGAACAGACAACGGAACAAACCACUGAACAGACAACAGAACAAACAACUAUACAGACAACGGAACAGACAACUGCACAAACAACGGAACAAACAACUAUACAGACAACGGAACAAACAACUGAACAGACAACUAUACCGACAACGGAACGAACCACUGCACAAAAAACUAUACAGAAAACGGAACAAACAACGAAACAAACCACUAAACAGUCAACUGAACAAACAACAGCUAUACAAACUACGGAACAAACGACAGCUAUACAAACCACGAAACAAACCACAUCUUUACAAACAACUACAUCAACAACCACAGGUCCUGACUUCAUAUCUUCUUACUGCACUUGCACCUGUGAGGAAUCUGAUUUGACGGUUUCUGAACGCAUAGAGGAGAGAAGACAAGAUCUACAAUUAAGUGUUCGUGAGUUGUCGGCCUUUAAAAAAAAGCUAAUAUGUGCACCUGACUUCCGUCCCUCAGCAAACAGUAUCGGCUCCAUUGGAGUGUUUAUUCUUGUGAUAUGGGGUGUUUUGUUUGCAUUCCCAGACAUUAUUAGAGCAGUACACGUAAUUCGAAGAUUUGUUAAAAAGAGAAGAUCGUAAAUGUGUUAAUCUGUAUUCAGUUUCUUUGAUGUGAUGGACAUUCAUCAGGGAGUAAAAUCAUAAACGACAGUAGAGAUACACUGAUAUUAAUUCCUGUUUAUUAAGAAUGAAUUCAACGUACCAGGUAAUAUCAUUGAGCGAUAUCUACCUGUAUUUGCUUUGAGUAUGAAUGAUACUUUAUUAGUGACAGUCAAAUCAUUAUGUUGACCAUUUUAGCAGCAGAAUUUUUUUUUAUAUAUUUUGUAUUUAAGUUUUUUUUCUUCAAAAAAUUUGUGAACCCCACUCAAUUGCAUCCUUUUUAUAAACAAAUUGAUCAAACACAUUUGAUGAUUAUUGAUAUGAAUUGUUUUAUAUGGAUUUGGAAAUAUAAAAAAUAGCAAUGAUACAUUCGUGUAAAGGAUAUGAACAACAAAUUAUUUAUUAAUAUCGACAAUAAUUAUUUGUUGUCAGUCACACAAAUAUAUCAACUUUAGAUAAAUAUUUCCCCGGAACUACACGUUGAAAGGUUUUUUAUAUAAAAAAAAUAGUUUACACAAGUGCUGUUUAGUGUUUUUAUGUAGAUUAAGUCUGUAAAUAUUUUAUUUCAUUCAGAUAAUACUAGCAUACAAUUUGAAUGCGUAUGCUUUCAAUAAUUUCAAAGAAUGUAAAAAUAACAAAAAAUUCAUAAAGGCCCUUUAACACUGCACACUGUGUUUGGGUAAGUUUUGAGUAAUCUAAACAAUCUGCCUUUUUCCAUGUUCAAUAGAAAAAAUCUCUUAUAUACAUACGGUGCAUGUUAUAAUCCGUACUUUGUUUUUAUUAUCAUUAUUAACUUAGUCUAUCGGUGAUGUUUAGAUAAUUGUUUAUAAAAAUUAAUCUUAUUGUUCAUAAAUAUGUACACAAUGCAGUUAGAAAAUUUUAUGGAAAAUGAGAUCAUACAAAUUUGAAUGAAUUAGUCUAAAGGCAAAACUUAUGUAAGAUUACAUAUAUUAGCUGUUCUGUCGUCAGUUAAGUUAUAUAUCUUUGAUUACCAUUAUGAUAACUGGGUAAAAGUAGUUCAAAACUAAAUGUAGAAUAUGUGUGGUCCUCCAUUUAAUAAUUUUAUCAGUUAAAACGUCAAACUCGAAACAAACAGUAGACAAGUAAUGCCUCACAGGAAAGAAACAGAUCGUUUAUAAUGAUAAAGGGUGGUAAAGUUUACUAGAGAUCACCGAAUUGAUGGAACUGAAAGCAAACACAAUUAAAACAACAAAUAUAUAUUCUUAUUAUGAGGCUCAUAUCGACAGAUUAUCAAAUCAACUAAUUUUGAGCACAUUGAUUACUUUGAUAUUUGAAUAUUCUCAGAUGGUCUGAAGCUAGGAAACAUUAAAAGAAGACUUUUAAAGAAUACAUUUCUUUAAUUAGUAAUAUUGUCAAAUGGUACAAAAUUCUGAAAACAAAACUGCUAAUCGUUUAAAAUCGUUUCCCCAUCGGAAAUGAUACACAUGCGUUUUGAUUGAUGGUAUUAUAACUUGCACAUUUGAUCAUUCCAAUUUGUGAUGUACAAAAUUUACAGCUUUCAUGAACGGUUAAGUGAUGAGGGAUUUGUAUUUUUUUAACGAUAAAACUAAGAUAAGCAGGUUGUUUGUGAUGCAUUUCUUCAUCAUCAAAAUGUUUUUGUAAAGACACUUAACAACUAAGUUGUGUCUUCAGCACCCUAUAGCUAGUACAUGUUGUAUAAGUGAUCACAAAUCAUAUUAAUGAACUUAUGUUUUAAUAAGCAUAUUAUCAUAAUAUAAUAAUGUUACUUGGUCAUUUUAAAAGUGUUAA